CUAUGAGAGAUUGUUCCAUUUUUUAGCUGAAUCGACAGUUGGGUUUUCUUGAGUUGUCCAUUUCAUGGGUUUGUGCUGCUGGGUUUUCUGGUUCGGGUUCAUUCUGUUCUGUGCCUCCAACGAAGUUGUUUUCAGUGAUCAAGAUGUAGCAGUGCGAGAACAGAGAGCUGCUUCUGCAACAGCGGUUGGCUCGACAGUUGAUGAUUCUUCACCUCCCGACAUAGUUCUCCCAAAGGACAAAGUCGAACCUCUUGGUCUUCACAUCCAGCAUAUCCCUCUGGAAGAUGGAGCGGUUGGCCCAGACAUGAAUUCAUCAACAACUGAAACCGAGUUUCCUUCAGAAGACAAGGUCAAGAUGGGUCCAAGUGUUGAACACCAGUUCAUUCCGAGCUUCAAUGGCUGGUCUCCUCUGCAACAAAACAACAAACAGGACAGGGCUGCAUCUGAGAAUCUCUCUGCGUUGAGAGCUGCCCCCGAUGAGGGUAUUGUUGUUUCGCAGCAGUUGGGUGACAAUGAGCCCCCCAAGAGAAGGCGCUCAGAUCCCCUGACAGGUACAUGAAAGGGAAAAUGAGUUCCGUUUGGAUAGUUGUGAAAAUCUUUGAGUUCAUAGCACAACGGUUUAGCUUAUUGUAUGGAUGGUAUGCUGUGUUGUUGUAACUUUCUUACUAUUGACUGAUACAAAUGUACCAGGAGUGUUGCCUGUUUAAGUUGCAGUGAAUUAAUAGUUGGACUGUAAAUUAUUUUAGCAAUUUAA